UCUGCGCUCUACACAGUAUGGCCGGCGAUAUUAGCUAGCAGUCGCUCUACAGUAUUCUCUGUAAAAGGGAAGACGGUAAAACCAAGAAAUUACACCCGGAUUGCUAAAGGACUGUACUUAAUAAAUUAUAACGAUCAAGCAAGGACUAGCUAACUAAGUUGAGAACGUAACCGACGUUUAAUUUCUGUUAUUGGUGUCUGUUGUGCCACGAUGGAAGAGAACGGUGCACACUUCUUCGAGGGAACCGAGAAGCUGUUGGAGGUGUGGUUUUCCCGGCAAGAUGAGACCAAAGGAACAGGGGACCUCCGUACCAUCCCAAGGUUUGAGUGGGACAAACUUCUGGAGAAUGUGCACUGUUUGAUCAUAAGUGUGACAAAGACCGACAAGCAGGAAGCUUAUAUACUCAGUGAGAGUAGCAUGUUUGUCUCCAAGAGACGUUUCAUUUUGAAGACCUGUGGAACCACCCUCUUACUGCAAGCACUGAUGCCUCUGCUGGAACUCGCCAGAGAGUACUGUGGCUUUGAUGCCAUCGAAGAUAGGUCAGAAGUUCUAACCCCAUCUCCUCACUACCUACAGAAUUUCUUCUAUUCGCGCAAGAACUUCAUGAAGCCCACCCAUCAGGAGUUCCCUCAUCGGAACUUCCAGGAGGAAGUGGAAUUUCUCAGCCAGAUUUUCCCAAACGGAGCGGCGUACUGUAUGGGACGUUUGAACUCUGAUUGCUGGUACCUGUUUACUCUGGAUUUGCCAGAGUUCUGGGAGAACGAGCAUGCGGAUCAGACCCUGGAAGUUCUGAUGAGUGACCUUGAUCCAGCAAUUAUGGACCAGUUCUUCAUGAAAGACGGUGUUUCUGCAAAUGAUGUCACUCGUAUGAGUGGAAUUCGUGACCUGAUACCAGGUUCUGUGAUUGACGCCACAAUGUUCAACCCUUGUGGAUACUCAAUGAAUGGAAUGAAGACUGACGGAACUUACUGGACGAUCCACAUCACUCCAGAGCCAGAGUUCUCCUAUGUCAGCUUCGAAACCAACCUCUCCCAGACGUCCUACGAUGAUUUGGUCAGGAAAGUUGUGGACGUGUUUAAGCCAGGAAAAUUUGUGACUACACUAUUUGUUAACCAGAGCUCCAAAUGUCGCAGUGUCUUUUCUUCCGCCCAGAAACUCGAGGGGUACAAGCGCCUCGACCGCCAGUUGGCCCAAUUCAACGAUUACAAUUUUGUCUUUACUAGUUACUCUAAGAGCCGCCAGCAGAACCAGCAAAGUUGAGGUUUAGGAAUGAAAAAGAAGCGUAAAAAGAAAGGCGGCUGCGUAGCAGGGCUCGCCCCCCGCGGCGGCUGUCUAUCUGCCCUAGCAGAGAGGCCCACUCCACUCUGUUGCCAUUGUUGUUCAGGAUUUCUCGGCAUCGACGAGGCCACAGGCCCUAAUAGUUUAAACUCCAGUUUGAAUUGUAUGCAUUGUUGUACCUAUAACUUAGAUAUCUUGCAUGAAAGCUAUUUUCUCUGUUUAGAUAGUCUAGCGCACUCUUGCUGUGAUCUUGAAGUGCAUGUAGAGGAAUUAAACGUGCUCUGUUUGAGGCUGUCCAGCCUUGCCCCGUGUGCCCAGUGCAACGGCUCCUUCCUGCAGGUCUCCCCCCUCAUUCCCCACAGACAGGGCUUCCGCGCCCACUAGUCCAGGGCCCUGACAUGCUCAGAUGGGUCCACCUCUAUUAUGUGCUUACCGAUGUAUUAUUUUAAAGUUGAAAUGCAAUUCCCUUCCUUCCCCCCCCUUCA